CACAGGGACUUUGAACGACAAGCACUAACUGCGAGAGACAUGAUGGCAUCAGCAGAUAAAGAGCUCAUGAUUGUUCUGGUGGGUAAAACUGGAUCAGGAAAGAGUUCAACAGGAAACACCAUCCUGGGUCCAGAGAAUUAUAAUAAGCAUUUUAAAACAGAAGCUUCCGCAACGUCAAUUACUAAAACAUGCGAGAGUCAAAAAGCAAAGAUUGGCAAAAAGAGGAUCUCAGUCAUCGACACUCCAGGCCUGUUUGAUACUUCAAUGCCAGAACAAGAAAUGAAGACUGAGAUAGUGAAGUGUGUGGAGAUGUCUGUUCCUGGUCCUCAUGUGUUUCUGCUGGUCAUCAGACUGGAUGUGAGAUUCACAGAUGAAGAGAAAAACUCAGUGAAAUGGAUUCAGGAGAACUUUGGAGAAGAAGCUUCACAUUACACCAUCGUUCUGUUCACUCACGCUGAUGCACUGGAGGGGAAACCAUUAGAUGACUAUAUCAGCGAAAGUAAUGAUCUCAAGGCUUUUGUUAAUAAGUGUGAUGACAGAUAUCACUCCUUCAACAAUAAAUGCAUCAAUAAUAAUACAAACAAUAAAAACCACAAUCAGGUCACUGAACUGCUGAAGAAGAUUGACACGAUGUUGGAGAAGAAUGGAGGACAACACUACACCAAUGACAUGUAUGAAAAAGCCCAGAAAAAAAUUCAAUGGGAGUCUCGGAAACAAAAAUUUAAAGAAAUUGGAACAAACGCAUUAGCAGUAAUAGGAGGGGGAGCAGUAGCAGUAGCAGGAGCAACAGCAGCAGUAGCAGGAGUAACAGCAGUAGGAGGACCAGGAGCGGCACUAGCAGUAGCAGGACAAGCAGCAACAACAGCAGGAACAGUAGUUUUAGGAGCAGCAAAAGCCUUCAUGAAACCAUAG